AAGAAUAUUUGGGUUAACAUCCAGUGGUUUAGUUCCAUCUACUUAAUACUACUACUAUUACUUUCAUUACUGCCAUAUAACUCUGCUCAAAGCGACAAGGGUAAUUCAUGGAUUCCAGAAUUCCACAUUGAUAAUCAAACAGAAUUGGUCGCAUUCGUUUGUGGGAUAAUUUUGAUGGUUGUUUACUGUAUUCUUUUUAUUUGGAGAACUAAUUUUCUUAAUGAGCAAAGACGUAUUAGAGGUCACCUCAACGAUAAUGUUACUACGGCAACAUCAACAAGCAAAGGAGGACUUGAUUUAAAAGUGAUCGAAACGAUUCCGGUGAUUGUCUAUUCUGAUAUUAAGAAUAAGAAGAAGAUUCAUUCUAAUGAAAGAGUAGUAGAGUGUGCUGUUUGCUUAGGUGAAUAUGAAGACGAAGAUAUGUUGAGACUAUUACCUACAUGUCGUCAUUUUUUUCAUUGUCAUUGUAUCGAUGCUUGGUUUAUCUCUCAUUCUACUUGUCCGGUUUGUCGAUCUAAUAUUGAGGUUAUGGCUCCCGAAGCUGCACUUAAUUCAGGUGGUACUGUACUUGAUGUAUUUGAAGACGAUGGGAACCAUUCUGAGUCCACAAUGACUGUGAUUAAUGUAUCAGCAGAGCAAACCCAUGUUUCAGUUUCGGUGGCAGAGAGUUCAGAACAAGCAACUGAUAAUUUAAACCUUAAGAAGGAGAUGAACCCGAAUCAGACUACAGGAAGAUCAGUAAACCCUUCUGAAGGACUUUCAAAAUCGCAUUCAACUGGACAUUCUUUGGUACCAGAAAAUAGUGAGACGUACACAUUGGGAUCACCGGAUGAUGUGAGAAAGGCUAGUGUUAAUGGAAAAUUGAAUCGGUAUAAGAGAGGCGUAACUUUUACGAUAUGAGGUUGCACGUACAACCUUAUUUGCUUUUCCGGAGGCUCCACCAAUUUGGGACGACAUUUACCAGUAUUCAUCCCAGCAAUUUAUAUUUCCCUUGAGCUUGGAGCGGCAUUUGAAACUCUCUUAAUUCGUAAGUAGCGUCUUCCAUGGAACAAUCUCCCAGUAGGAUCCGUCUCUCCGGAGACGUGCAAGGAAGGUACGUGAGAGGCAGUUUUCUUUAGAAUUUUUGGAGUGAGUAUGACAGGAGUUGAAUGUUCAAUUUUUUUAAUAAUGGAUCAAAUUUCACACCCCAACACAA